UAUGGAAGCCUAUUCUUCUUCUUCGUCCUCAUCCACUUAUCUGUCACAAAAAUUUCAAGAAACAAAGAGUGCAAAACUCCCACACCCCUUUAAUUCUUCACUCCAUACGGUUAAAAAGACACCCACAAAGCCAUGGAAGAAGCCUGUGGCUCCACUUCCACCAACACCACCUAGAAUAUACAAGGUAGACCCUAUCAACUUCAGGGACCUUGUUCAAAAGCUCACUGGUGCAACCGAGUUUCAGUCUAAGCAGCGUCUUCAAAGCGUUGCGCCUCCACCACUCAACGUCGCCAAUUCCACUCAACCAUUAAUGUGUAACAGAAACAUUUCUGUGCCUCCACAACUCCACCAUUCCACAUCGAAACCACCAUUGUCUGCAGUAGUGUACCAGGACUUAACAUCUCGGGAAAUGAAACCCCAGAAAAUAUCUGAUAGUGAAGAGGCUGCGUUUUCGCUUGGGAUGAGUCUGUCGCCUUCUUCCCUUAAUUGGUGUUCUUACCCUCUUAUGAGUCCAGGAACUCUUUCCAGUUUGGAACAAAGCACGGUUCUUUAGUACUUUUUUCACUUAGACUCUGUGUGUAUAUAUAUAUUAUAUUUUAUAUAUAUAUAUACCAGUGUCACUCCACUGCUUUAAUAUACAAAGCAAUCUGGUUUUACGUCCCUUUGUUCUUGCUGCAAUGCAUAAAUUACAAUUUCGAUCACAACCUCUUUCUUUUAUCAUGUAUAUGGUUGAACUCGUUAUCGUUCACCUUCUCUUUGCCAGCAAUAAUAUAAAUAUUGUUCAGCCAAGACAAAGAU